AUGGGCUUGCAAGGCGAUGGUUUGGAGUGUAUAUAUAUCACUGCAGAAGCACCAAAUGAUGAAUGGUUAUUAGAUGGACUUGCAGGGUUCUUAACAGACUCAUAUAUUAAGCAAUUUCUUGGAAACAAUGAAGCACGGUAUAGGCGAUAUAAGGCAAAUUGUGCGGUCUGCAAAGCAGAUGAUAGUGCUGCAACUGCAUUAAGCUCCUCUGAUGCUUCCAAAGCUUUGUUGCAGUUCUCCAAAUGUUGGAAAAAACAGACGGGCCCCGAGUCAUUUUAUAAAGUUUUGAAGAAUCUGGUUGCACCGCCUAAAGAUACAACUCGUCCUUUCAGCACAAAAGAGUUUCGCCACCUUGCUAAUGAAUUUUCUGUAAGAAAAUUAUCAAAAUGCAACUAUGACCUUUUCUACCUUGUUAAGGCCUUUUGGCGUGUUCGGAUUGAGGCGAUUUUUGCUUUAGCUAGCACAGCAUCCGAGAGUAUUUUGUACUCAAGUUAA